AUGGACGGACAGGACGCCAAACCCCUGGCGGCUGACCGUACGCUGAAGCUGGAAAAUACGGAAAAACGUGACACUCUGAUUGCCGACGAGCUGCGGUUCCAAGAUGAGUGGGCCAAGGCCAAGCACUUUGAGCAGGAUGCUCCCCUGCCCUCCGAGCCCGAGCAGGACAAGCUCUUCACGACCAUGGCCUACCCCUACAUGAACGGCAGUCUGCACGCCGGCCACUGCUUCACAUUCUCCAAAGUCGAGUUCAUGACCGGCUUCGCCCGCAUGGAGGGCCGCCGCGCCCUGCUGCCCCAGGGCUUCCACUGCACCGGCAUGCCGAUCAAGGCUGCCGCCGACAAGCUGACGAGAGAGGUGGAGAUGUUCGGCCAGUUCUUUGAGCGUGCGCCCGGCGCCGAAGAGGAGCAGGGCCUGGCCAUCCGCCCCGCGGCGGGUGCUGAGGCCCCUGCUGCUGCUGCUGCUGCUGCUGCUGCUGCCGACGCGGCUCCCGCAGACGCCAAGGCGAAGACGGACAUGAGCAAGUUCAGCAGCAGCAAGAGCAAGGCUGUCGCCAAGAGCGGCAAGACCAAGUACCAGUAUGAGAUCAUGGUGUCCCUGGGCUUCGACCUGAAGGAGAUCCACAAGUUCACCGACCCCGAGCACUGGCUGCAGGUGUUCCCUGAGCGCUGCGAGACCGACCUGCGCCGCAUGGGUGCCCGCGUCGACUGGCGCCGCUCCUUCGUCACCACCCCCGCCAACCUGUACUACGACGCGUUUGUCCGCUGGCAGAUUACCCGCCUGCGCGAGCUGGGCAAGAUCAAGUUCGGCAAGCGCUACACCGUCUACAGCCCCAAGGAUGGCCAGCCCUGCCUGGACCACGACCGCAGCUCCGGUGAGGGUAUCACCGUCCAGGAGUACGUCGCCCUCAAGAUGAAGACCCUGGCGUGGUCCGAGACCGCCAAGCAGAUCAUCGGCGACAAGAUCCCCACCGACGCCGAUGUCUACUUCGUCCCCGCCACCCUGCGCCCCGAAACCAUGUACGGCCAGAUUUGCUGCUUCGUCGGCCCCAGCGUCGCCUACGGCAUCUUCAAGGCCCCCGUCGCCGGCAAGGAGGGCAAGGAGGGCAAGUUCGAGUACUACCUGUGCACAGAGCGCGCUGCGCGCAACAUGGCGUACCAGAACGUCUUGCCGUGGGGCGCGUUCGAGUCCGUCGUGCAGCUGAUGGGCUCCGACGUCAUCGGGACCCUGGUCAACGCCCCGCUGUCCGUCUACGAGAAGGUGUACAUCCUGCCCAUGCAGACCCUGAAGCCCACCAAGGGUACCGGAGUCGUCACGUGCGUGCCAUCCGACAGCCCCGACGACUACGCCACCGUCACGGAUCUGCUGCGCAAGCCGGAGUACUACCACAUCCAGAAGGAGUGGCUGGACAAGGACAUUCUGCCCGUCAUUCAGACCCCCUCGUCCGACCUCAUUGCCAAGUUUUUGGUCGAGAAGCUGAAGAUCAACUCGCCCAAGGACACGAAGCUGCUGGAGCAGGCCAAGGAGCAGGCAUACAAGGAGGGCUUCUACCAGGGCACCAUGCUGGUCGGCGCGCACAAGGGCACGCCCGUACAGGACGCCAAACCCCUGAUCCGCAAGCAGCUGCUGGAUGCCGGCCUGGCCUUCAACUACGCCGAGCCCGAUGGCGAAGUCAUCUCCCGCUCCGCCGACGUAUGCGUUGCCGCGUACCUGGACCAGUGGUACCUGAACUACGGCACGACCGAAAACGGCGGCGACGGCGAGUGGUGCGAGCAGGUGCUGGACGCUCUGGAGGACGGCACCGUCAACUGCUUCUACCCGGAGGCGAAGCACGCGUUUGAGCAGACGCUGAACUGGCUGGGCCACUGGGCGUGCUCGCGCUCGUACGGCCUGGGCACCAAGCUGCCGUGGGACGUCUCGCAGCUGGUCGAGAGUCUGAGCGACAGCACCGUCUACAUGGCGUACUACACCGUCUGCGUGUACCUGCACAGCGACAUCUUUGGCAAGACGCCCGGCAAGGCCUCCAAGCCGAUCACGCCGCAGCAGAUGACCAACGAGGUCUGGGACUACGUCUUCUGCCGCACCGACGCGGUGGAGAGCGACAUCCCCAGGGAGGACCUGGAGGGCAUGCGCCGCGAGUUCCAGUACUUUUACCCGCUGGAUGCGCGCAUCUCGGGCAAGGACCUGAUCAACAACCACCUGACGUUCUGCCUGUACCACCACGCCGCCCUGUUCCCCAAGCAGUACUGGCCGCGCGGCAUGCGCGUCAACGGCCACCUGCUGAUCAAUGGCCAGAAGAUGAGCAAGAGCACGGGCAACUUUUUGACGCUGCGCGAGUCCACCGAGAAGUUCGGCGCCGAUGCCACGCGCGUCGCCCUGGCCGAUGCCGGCGACGGUAUUGAGGACGCCAACUUUGAGGAGUCGGUGGCCAACGCCACGAUUCUGCGGCUGUACGAGCUGCGCAAGUGGGCGCAGGAGACGGUCGCCGACACCACGCUGCGCACGGGCGAGCUGGGUCUGUUCGACAAGAUGUUUGACAACGAGAUGAACACGCUGGUCAUCGAGACCAAGAAGCACUACCAGGACACCUUCUUCAAGCUGGCCCUGAAGAGCGGCUUCUACGACUUCACCGCCUCGCGCGAUUGGUACCGCGACAUCACCAAGGCGUCAGGCGACGGCAUGCACCUCGACCUGGUAAAGCGCUACGUCGAGCUGCAGGCGCUGCUGCUGACGCCCAUUGCGCCGCACGUCUGCGAGUACCUGUGGCGCGAUGUCCUGAAGCACGAGGACAGCGUGCAGACGGCGCUGUACCCGACCGUGCCGGACCCCAGCCCAAGCCUGACGGCGGCCCGCAACUACAUCCGCAACACCACCUCAAACAUCACGGCCGCCGAGGGCCUGCAGACGAAGAAGCUGGCCAAGGGCAAGGCCAUUGCGUUCGACCCCAAGAAGGCCAAGAAGCUGACCGUCUUUGUUGCCGACGCCUUCCCCGAGUGGCAGGACAAGUGCAUUGAGGUCGUGAAGCAGGUGCUGGAGGCGACGGGCAGCAUCGACGUCAAGAACGUCUCAGGCAAGCUCGACAAGGCGGAGCUGAAGAAGUCGAUGCCGUUCAUCCAGGCGCUGAAGAAGCGCAUCGACGGCGGCGAGGACGCGACGGCCGUGUUUGACCGCAAGCUCGCGUUUGACGAGCUGUCCACGCUGGAGACCAUGAUCCCGGGCCUGAAGCAGACGGUCAACAAGCUGGAGACGGUCGUGGUUGUGUCUGUCAAGCCGGGCGCGACGUCUGGCGUUGUGCACAAGGGCGAGGGCCAGACGCUGGAUCCCCUGCCGCAAGCGGCGGCGGCUGCCACGCCGGGCAACCCGAGCUUCCUGUUCGAGAACGCGUAA